AUGGAGUUUCUUCAACAGGAGGAAUUUCCUCAUCCUCUAUCCCGUGUCAAGCAAUCAUCUGGAUAUAGAUUUUCAUAUCAGAUAGGUGACUCUUUAACCUGGCUUGGAAUUCGAGACAUGAUAAAUGAUGUUUGGAAGAAAAAGUUGAAUCUGCGACCUAUCACUUAUUUUAGUGGUACUCAAGGCUCUGAGAAUGAUAUUCCACAUGGAUACAUAUGGAGUCCUCAUCUUGUUCCUAAACCAAAAGAUUGGGGACCUAAAAUUUAUGUGGUUGGAUUUUUUUUCCUUGAUCUCACAUCAAACUACAAACCCCCUGAAGAACUUCUACGCUGGCUUGAAGCUGGCCCAAAGCCAAUCUACAUUGGCUUUGGUAGCCUUAUGAGUUUUCUUUAUCCAUAUAAUUAG